AUGCUUGGACAAAAAAAUAAUUUAAAAAAAAUUGAUAUAGUAAAACAUUUUGUACUAGAAGGUUAUAAAAGAUCAACAGUUUAUGAUGCAAUAAAACGUUGCGAAAUUGGUCUAGCAAUUGAAGAUUGUCCAAGGAGUGAUUGUCCAACAUCUUUUAAUAAAAAAAACCUGAAGUGUUUACAAAAUGCUGCUGAAAAUCGUGUUACUUUAUCAGCAAAAGGUUUUUCGAAACCUUUUAUUGAAGCUGCGCAAGGUCCGACUGCUACUGCCGAUGUUUACAUUCAUCAAUGUUUGAGUAAACAUCUUUCAUUUAUUAACGAACACCAUGUUCAUGAUGAUUACGUAUUUUGGCCUGACUUUGCAUCUUCACAUUAUGCUAAAGAAACAACAGAAUGGCUUAUUCAACAUAACAUCAAAUUUAUAUCGAAAGAAGGCAAUCCACCAAAAGUUCUGAAAGCUCGACCAAUAGACGAUUUUUGGUAG